GGAGCCAGAGUCGGAGCCGGCCGCUGGGCGUGUGCUGGCGCGCGUGCUGGGCUAUGGCCGGGGUGAGCGGCUCGGGGCCGGCCGGGACUGCCGGCGGGAGCAGCAACAACAGCGCGGUGCGAGGACUGCGAGUGGACGGGCUGCCUCCACUGCCCAAAAGCCUGAGCGGACUGCUGAACUCCUCGUCCGGCGGGGGCGCGUCCGGGGGCUGGCGGCACCUGGAGCGGCUGUACGCUCAGAAAUCCCGUAUCCAGGACGAGCUGAGCCGCGGAGGGGCGGGGGGCUGCGGCGGCGGCGGGGGGCGGACGGCGGCGCUGCUUCCCAAGCCCCCGAACCUGGACGCCGCGCUAGCUCUGCUCCGCAAGGAGAUGGUUGGCCUUCGACAGCUGGACAUGUCAUUGCUGUGUCAACUGUACUCCCUCUAUGAGUCAAUUCAGGAAUACAAGGGGGCUUGCCAGGCAGCCUCCAGCCCAGACUGCUCUUAUGCCUUGGAAAACGGCUUCUUUGAUGAAGAAGAGGAAUAUUUCCAGGAGCAUGGUUCACUUCACAAUGGGAGGGAACAAGGUGCCCAGAUGGACUUUACAUUGCCUGUCACCCCUCUCUCCAACAGUGACUGGAUCCUGGAGUCCAUUUAGAAGACUUGUAGGAGGGAUGCAUCUGACUGGAGGGGGGUGUGUGGAGGGAAUACCCUCAGAGUUUUCUUAUCCUGUUACUUCUGCCCAUUUUUUGUUUUCGGCAGAUUGUCAAUAUAUUCUCCUCCUUCAAGCACUCCUUUUUUGGGGGGAAAGUGUACUGUUGAGCUAUGGAGAGUCAUCAGGCCUAUUGGGAUGGGAGCUGCCAGAUUAAUUUGUGGGCAGGCCAUUCACCAUUGACACAAUCUGUGGGCGGUCUGUCCUGAUGGCUAGUUUCUGCUUUGGCAAACUAUCAGUGUCAGAGCAAGAUUCUUGAUGUCCCUGUAAUGGGGACUUUGCUGAAGAUUUUCAUCCCUCUGAUAAAAAAAAAAAAAAGGCUCCUCUUCAAAAUAGCCAUUUGGUGGGGGACUGGCCUGUGCUGUAUAGAUUGGAGUUAUUGAGCCCAUAUGGUUCUGUAUUUGGGCUCUUCCUGGGGUGGCUUGUUUGCACCCUGUCUUGUGUGCUGUAGGAUUUUUUUUUUUUGCCUCAAGUUUUCCAUGUGUUAAAAAUAACAUUUUACUGUUCCCUUUUUUGAAUACAUUCUGCAGCUGUUCAUUUGCCUUUUAUUUCUGUUUAAAAGAGCUUUCAGGACUCUUGGCUAAGUGGCAUUUUGUGAACCACAUAACAAACUGGCUUGCAGUUGACUUUAUGAGCCACCUACUGAGAACUGACCAUUUAAGAUAAUUUGGGUGCCAAUCUGCUGGUUCCCAAGAUACCAUGGGGGGGGGGGGGAGAGGAGUCGUUCUUUGCUAGUCACAUGCAAUUGGAAGGAGACUUAAUACUAGGUUGUAUUUAAUAGGAAAAACUGGGGCAAACUGCAAUAUUUUAUAUUACCUAAACUUUUCAUUAUAAGACUAUUGGAAACAUUUUUUUAAAUCUGCAAUUGUAUCUUGAAGGUAUAGUUCUAGUAUGUUAGAAGUUAAACUGUUCCCUAUGCUCUAAAGGAUAAUUGCUAUUGACCAUACCAUAUUUAUUAAAGUGAUACU